UCUCUCACACACUUUGAAACGCUAAACCCUGCUGAAACUCGUCGCCGCAGCAGCCGCCGUGUCGUCUCUCUCGGGUUCAUCAUCAUCAUCGUCUCCAAACUCCAGGUUUUUAUGAAUAAUGAUGAGGACACCAAGUGUUUGAUGAUUUUCCUGUGAGAAGAAAGAGACCACAGCUUUUGUGUGCAGUAUGGCAAAUAGUAAAUAUGAGUAUGUCAAGUGUUUUGAACUUGAGGAUGAGGUUUUGUUUCCCAAUCUCAUCCUAGUUUGGAUCAGUGCCUGUAAACUUCAUAAGCCUCAUGAUGUAAAUGUCUUGAAAUUGAUGAACUCUUGCGCUGUUGCGGUGCUUCAAGAGUAUGCGGAUGUGGUUUUUGCAUAUGGGUUCAGUGAUGAGUACACUUUUGUUUUCAAGAAGACUUCCCAGUUCUACGAAAGGCGUGCUAGCAAAGUGUUAUCGAUCAUCACUUCUUUUUUCUCAGCAAUAUUUGUGAGAAAAUGGGGGGAAUUCUUCCCUCAGAAGAAACUGCAAUCUCCUCCGUUUUUCCACGGGCGAGUCAUAGCUUGUGCGUCCAUAGAAGCCGUUCAAGCAUAUCUUUUUUGGAGGCAAAGUAUCUGUCAUUUGAAUAAUCAACAUGACCAAUGCCUUUGGCGUCUUGUUGAACGCGGGAUGAGUGAGGAGGAAGCGCUGGAUUUCAUCAAUUGUGCUCAGAAACGCGACCUAAAUGAUCUUUUAUUUGAUGAGUUCCAUGUCAAUUACAAUGAACUAGAGCCGAUAUUCCGACAAGGUUCCUGUAUUUUAAAGACAGUGGUAGAGGAUGUUGUGAAGUACGCAGAUAAUGGGGAUCCAAUUAAAAGGCACCGGAGAAAGAUAAUCACCGUGCAUUCCAAGAAAAUAGCAAGUAAAAGAUUUUGGAAUGAGCAGACUAUUCUUGUGAAGGAACUUGGUUGUUUUGCGGAGGAGAUUAACAAUGUGAAACCAGAGUAUGUGAGGUCCUUUGAAUUUGAUAGCAAGUUGAUGCCAUCUACGUGGAUUGUAGUUCGCAUAGAUGGAUGCCACUUUCACAGAUUUUCUGAGAUGCACGACUUUGCAAAGCCAAAUGAUAUUAGAGCUCUUAACCUGAUGAAUUCUUGUGCAGUAGCUGUGGUGGAAGAGUUUAGGCAGGCCAUAGUCUUUGCCUAUGGGGUUAGUGAUGAGUAUAGCUUCAUUCUUAAGCAAUCCAGUGAUAUUUAUCAAAGGAGAGCUAGUAAAAUCAUUUCAGCUAUUGUGUCUUUCUUCACAUCAACCUAUGUGAUGAGAUGGAAAGAUUUCUUCCCACAAAGUGAGUUAAAGUAUCCUCCUUCUUUUGAUGCACGAGUAGUUUGCUACCCAUCAGCUAAAAUUAUAAGGGACUAUCUUUCAUGGAGGCAAGUGGAUUGCCACAUCAACAAUCAGUAUAACACUUGUUUCUGGAAGCUUGUUGCAUCUGGAAAAAGCAAAAGGGAAGCGCAGCAUAGUUUGAAGGGUGCUCAACUGCAAAAGAAAAUUGAGGAAUUGGGUAUUCACUACAAUGAGUUACCAAUGAUGUUCCGACAUGGAUCCUCGGUUUUCUGGGACAAGGUAGACAAUGUAAUCAUUCACCAGGAGAAUGAUGGAGAGUCUUCUGAAAGUAAUGUAAAGGUCAUUGUAGAACAUAUUGACAUCAUUGGACCAGCCUUUUGGUCAGAACGCCCAGAGAUCCUUGACUAAAAGCUAUACAUGAAGUGUUACAUUGUAUUUCCUAAUGAAAGUAUUUUUUUUUAUUCUUGCUGCUCAUUUUUUCAAAGUUUUUUUUAACAUUUUGGAUUAUAUAUUAUAAUAUUUUCUUAUUUAGUACACAUGAUACCGGGAAGUACUAUAUACAAUUUAUCUUCGUGGGUCAAAUAUGCAUGUAAGCCUCACAUGACAUCAACUUAAAUUCCAAUGUUCCUUCUAGUCACCUCAUCAUUUUAGUGAUGAUGUCAAGUGUCAACUUUUACUUCACUCAUUUCCUUUUCAUAUAGUCUCGUUUGAUCUAUUAUGUUCAAAUUGGGGGACUGAAUGAGAGAGCAGCUUCUCAUAUGGAGAGUCUAUUUCUUGCACUCUUUGGUAGAGGACUCCAGGUGUUUCUACAAUCUCAACUUUGUCUUCUCAUCUCUUGGCGAUAUCAAUUUUUUAAUUCUUCCUUUUAAAACGUCCUUUCAACUCUCUUUUCAAUUACACAGGCUAUUUGAGUAACAAGCAAUUGUUUGGUGCCCAUGAGUGAGUUGGCGUCUUACCCUUUAAAGUAACAAAGCCAAUGAAGAUCCUACUUGGGCUUAGUUUGCUACUCAAUACCUUGCCUUUGAUGACUAAUUGAAGGUAUCUUCACAAGCUGGACAAAGGGUUAUGGUUUUGUAAGGUUUACUAAUGAGAGGGAACAAGUUUGAGCUGUAACUGAAACUCAAGGGGUUCUUUGUUCAACAAGAACCAUGUGUAUUGGAUCAGCCUUUAAUAAAUACCCUGAUACAAGCCAAAA